CUCGCCACCAACUUCUUUUGGAUGUUCGUCGAGGGCCUCUACCUUUAUCUUCUCGUGGUCAAGACCUUCUCCAUUGACAUGAUUCGCACCGCCUACUACUUUCUCAUUGGCUGGGGCCUGCCCGCCGUGGUCAUUCUCAUCUGGGUGGUGGUGAAGCGGAACUUUACGCGGACGAAUGCAAUGCUCGCCGAACUUUCAAACUCCACCACUUCAGCGCUACCAAAGACACCUCUGAUGAGCAGUCCACUGGAGCAAAUCCGUUUACGAUGUCCUUACAUGACCGCCGACGAAUUCGACUACUUCUACAAAGUUCCCGUACUCAUUGUCCUCUUUGUAAACAUCUUCUUCCUCGCCAAGAUCAUGUGGCUGCUCAUCAUCAAGCUGCGCAGUGCCCAGCAGAAUCAGCUCGCCUCGACGGCCGAGUCGAAGCAGUACCGAAAGGCGGCAAAAGCCCUGCUUGUCCUAAUUCCACUUCUCGGUUUGGGCUACGUUCUCCUGCUGGUCACGCCCACUCAGAACACCUGGCGCUUUGUCUUCAAGAUCUCACAGGCGGUGCUCACGUCGACUCAGGGCUUCACCGUCGCCGUCCUCUACUGCUUCUGCAACGGCGAGGUCCGCCACAGCGUCCGCCACCACCUCUCACGGUACCGCGUGACGCGCGCCCUCAAGCAUUCGCCACGAGAUGACCCUCAUCAACCGACUGAUCCAAGCGAUGGAAGCCCAGCUGGGAGCUAA